AUGACCCCUUUGGGGAGAGGGAGGAGGAAGAAAGGGUGUGACCCAUCAGCCUCCUAUCUAGUGGAGGCUGAAGGAGCUGCAGCACCCCCAGAGGCAGUUACUUUCUCAUCGCCUCGCCAGCGCAGGAGGAGGAGGGCUCCUGAUGCUUCCCUUCGGCCGGUGGUCCAGGAGGACCCAACUUCGACGGUCUCAAGGCCAGUAGUCCAGAAGGACCCGACUUUGGCGCUCCCAAGCCCGGUGGUCCAGGAGGACCCGACUUCGAUGGUCCCAAGUCCGGUGAUCCAGGAGGACCCGACUUCAGUGGUCCCAAGCCUGGUGGUCCAGAAGGAUCCGACUGCAGUGGUCCCAGAGCUGUCCUCUCUCCCUGCAGUGCUCUCAGAGGUGGCCAAGAAGCUCGUAGCACCAACACGCUCACGUAGACGGGGGAGGAAAGCUUCCGGCCAACUACAGGGUCCGGAGAUGUUUCCGAAGCCUGCAGCCGACUCCCCGAAGCCCCUAGUAAAGCCUGCAGUUGAACCUCUGAAGCCUCCAGUGAAGUCUGCAGUCGAACCACCGAUGCUUCCAGUGAAACCUGCAGCUGAACCCUCGAAGCCUCCAGGGAGGCCUGCAGCCGCGCCCAAGCGCCUCGCCCUGCCGGCGCCGCCCAAGCGCCUCGCCCUGCCGGCGCCGCCCAAGCGCCUCGCCCUGCCGGCGCCACCCAAGCGCUUCUCCCUGCUGGCGCCGCCCAAGCUCCUGGCCCUGCCGGCACCGGUCAUGUUACAAUUCAAGCCCGAAUCUGUUCACGUUGUUCCUGCCAUACAAGAGACUGUUCACGUCAGUUCUGCCGAGCCAGAGACCGCUCCCACCAGGUCAGCCAUGCCAGUGUUUCCUAACAAGGUAGCCGCUGCCAAGCCGGGGUCUUUGGACAGUAUGGUCGCUACCGAACCAACGUCUCCAGACGAUAUGGCCACGUCUGUUUCUGAGCCGGUGUCUUUUCCUGAUCCGGGUUCUGUACCUGAACUGGUGUCUGCGCCUGAACUGCCUGGUCCACCCAGGCCACCUGAACUGCCUGCUCAGCACUGGUCACCUGAACAGCCUGGUCCACCCUGGCCACCUGAACUGCCUUGUCCGUCCUGGCCACCAGAAUUGCCUGAUCCGUCCUGGCCACCUGAACUGCCUGAUCCGUCCUGGCCACCUGAACUGCCUGGUCCGCCUUGGCCACCUGAACUGCCUGGUUCACCCUGGCUGCCUGAACUGCCUGCUCCGCCAUGGCCGCCUGAACUGCCUGCUCCGCCCUGGUUCUCAGUGAGGAAUCCAGACCCGCCUGAGUCUCCCUGGUCCGUCCCGCCGGCACCACCCUGGUCCUCAGCCAGGAAUGCAGACCCACCCGUCCCUCCCUGGCUCAACCCUCCCGUCCCUCCCCUCUCUGUGUAUGUGUUCUGA